AUGGCCGUGGCCGUGGCGGCCGUGGCUAUGAUGGCCGCGGCCGUGAUGGUCGUGGUGUCUCUGGCCGUGGUGGCCGUGAUGGUGGCCGUGGUGGCAGCGGCCCUGGUGGCCAGCCGUGGCAGCCGUGGCCGUGGCCGCAGGGCGUGGGCUGGUUUCCGUGGGCGUAAUGGCCGUGGGCGUGUGGUCGUGGCCGUGAUGGCCGUGGCCAUGGUGGCCGUGUUUGUGGUGGCCGUGGCCCUGAUGGCCGUGGCCGUGGUGGCCGUGGUGGCCGUGGGCGUGGUUUCCGUGGGCGUGGUGGCCGUGGGCGUGGUGGUCGUGGCCGUGGCCGUGAUGGCGGUGGCUGUGGUGGCCGUGGCUGUGAUGGCCGUGGCCGUGAUGGCCGUGGCCGUGCUGUCCGUGGCCGUGGUGGCCGUGGUGGCCGUGGUAGCCGUGGUGGCCAUGGCCGUGGUGGCCGCUCGCCGUGGUGGCCGUGGCCGUGGUGGCCGUGGCCCUGGUGGCCAUGGCCGUGAUGGCCGUGGCCGUGGCAACCGUGGCAGCCGUGGCCGUGGCCGCAGUGGCCGUGGGCGUGGUUUCCGGGGGCCUGUGGGCGUGGUGGCCGUGGCCGUGGCCGUGAUGGCCGUGGCCAUGGUGGCCGUGUUAGUGGUGGCCGUGGCCGUGAUGGCCGUGGCCCUGGUGGCCAUGGCCGUGGUGGCCAUGGGGGAAAGGAACGAUCGGAUCUAG